AUGGCUGAAGUUCACAUCAUUGGUGAAAUUAUUGGUGCUACUGGGUUUCCAUCGAAUAAUUUAUAUUGUAAAUGGUCUAUCCAUACCGAAAACGCUUGGCGAUUAUUAGAAGGAAAUCAUGAAGGCCAAACACAAGUAGAUAAUCCACAAAAUGAAGAAUUUGCUAUUUGGGAUCAUCCUAUCGAUGUUCAUUAUGCUACUAAGAGCUUAUACGGUUGGCCGAAAAUGUAUUUUGAAGUUUGGCAUCAAGAUCGAUUCGGCCGACAUGAACUCUAUGGUUAUGGAUUUUGUAAUUUACCGACAUCGCCUGGAACGCAUGAUGUAGAAUGCGUAACUUGGCGUCCAACGGGCACAUUUCAAGAUCAAUUACGACAGGUUUUUGUUGGUGGUGGAAUGGAAAUUAAAGAUCCUAGUGCUAUUUAUACAAGUACUGAUCGUUGCAACUUGCAUACUGAAGCAAUGGGUACGAUCCGUUUACAGUUGGGCAUUAUUUUACGCCAUUUUGAUAAAUAUGGUGUGGAAUAUUAA